AUGGCGAAGCACCCGCACCAUCGCCCGCUGCCGCUGGGCCUUGGCCCGACGCCCGCCUUGGUGAUGGCGCCCAUGGUCAAGCAGAGCGAUCGUGCCUUUCGCGCGUUGGUGCGUGCUCAUGGCUGCACGCUUUGCUACACCGAAAUGCUCAUGGCAGAUGAGUUUGGAACAGACGCCAUGUAUCGUCGAAAGGCUUUGGGGGACCGAAUCGAUGAGGAGGACCACCCCUUAGUGGUUCAGUUUGCCGCCAACCGUGCCGAAGACUUGCUUUCCGCUGCACUGGCCGCCCAAGCGAUGGGUGCAGACGGUAUUGACAUCAAUCUGGGCUGUCCACAACGACGGGCGCGCGAAGGGAACUACGGCGCCUGGCUGGCCAACGAGGAAAAGAAUUGGCCAUUGAUCGGAGAAAUGCUCAAGGAGUGUGUUCAGUGUCCUGCACUCAAGAUACCGGUGGUUUGUAAGAUCCGGCUGCAGCACACCUUAAGCGCCACCAUCAAGUUCGCUCAGCUCUUAGAGGCCUCCGGAUGCGCCCUGCUGACGAUCCACGGCCGGAAGCUCAGCGGCGCUCCAAAGCAUCGCGACGGCCCGGCGGACUUGGGCGCCAUCGCAGCGGUGCGGCAGAGUCUGGGCAUCCCCGUGGUGUCCAACGGGAACGUGCGGCGGCCAGAGGAGGUCUGGAGAAAUCUUCAAUGCACCGGUUGUGAGGGCAUCAUGUGCGCUGAGCAGCUCCUGCACGACCCGGCGCUCUUCGAGCGGGGCCGGACUGGGCCGACCACGCCUCGGACUUCAGACCCGCUCAAGGCUUUGACAUCGCCCAGCGCAGAGGAGUUGGUGGAUGAAUACCUAGGCUACUGUGGUACCUUUGGUGCCGAAGACGAGGAGACCUUCUUCUCGAUCUGGGGUGCUACCAACGGCCACGUCAUUCGUGAGCACGUACACAGGAUGAGAUCUGAUAAAGGUCCGUCCUCAUACACCAAGCUUGGUGGAAAGAAGAGAAGCCUCAGAGCACUCGAGGAAGCAACGGAUGUGGAAGCAACGCCGCGAGUGAACAAAAGAAGCGACCUGGACCUCGACCGAACACCGGGGAAGGUCUUCGGCUUUCAGAAACUUCGUCAGGCUGAGCCACUCUAUGUUAGAGCCUAUGAGGGUCAGAAGUCACAGCUGGGCGCGGCCUCUCCGGUGGUCAUGCAGACUGCGGUGAAUCUGGCAGGGCUCAAGCAGGCACGAGGGCUUUUGGAUGAAGCCGAAGCGCUCGACCGCGAG